GCGGCGCCGCGGCCGCCGCGUCGUUCCCGCGCAUUGUCAAGUCCGCCUUGUAGUUCGAAACGAGAAACGCGUUUACGAGGAUCUGUCAGUAUUUGUCCUACCAAAUUUAUCCAAGGACCGUGUAUUCCCGGGGAAAAAGUAGUUCGCGAAUUCGCGCAAUAACGAACCUUGGCGACCUUGGCGUUCCGUCGAUCGAGAUUCGAGACUGAGUGAAACGAUGGCAGAUCAAAGCCGGCCGAAAGGCAUCGAUCGGCUCUCGGAGGCGAUACACAACCUCCAGAAAUCUUUAAUAUGCACGAUUUGCUUGGAGCUCAUGACAGAACCUACCAAGACACGAUGCGGUCAUUCAUUCUGCAAAUCAUGCAUAGGAAAUGUCUUGCGGAAGAAAAGCGCGAGUUGUCCGCUCUGUAAGAUGAGUCUCAAUAGACGCAACAUUUCCAAGGAUGAUCAUCUGCAAAUCUGUAUCGAGAAGUUCAAAAAACUUGUCACUGCCAUCAAGAAGGACAGCUGUAUCGACAUACUAUCGCACUCGAAGCAGCCAUAUGAUACGAAGGAAAGCUGCUCUUAUCCGGAUGCUAGACAAUCUAGCCGGGACUCUAACAAAGAAACGUCGUCUAACAAAGGAAAGUCCAUUCGCCAAUUGAAUCAAAACGCGAACAAGCAAACCGAUAAGCCGUCGACAAGUCACGGAACAAUGAUUGACGAUGAUAAUCCGCGAUACGGUUUGAACAUGUCAAAAGAGAAGCCGGAAACUUCGAGGUCUUCCCGCGCUUUCUCCGGCGACGAAAAUGACAAUGCGAUUCACAGCCCACCGGAAUUCAAAGUUCGCACGUGGCUACACUCGUUUCCCGAUAAGCAGAACACCGAUGAUUUGAUCGCGAAAAUCGAAAUACUGAUCGAAGACAAAGCUAGGCCGAUGAACCCAAUAUCCGACGACAAUGAUGAAUCAGAUGAGACCGGUGAAGUAUCUCACGACGGGAUCGACGCGAGUCGCAGAUCAAAUCAAGAUAGAAAACGGAGUACGGAUUGCCCGAAGCGUAUCGACGAGGACAGCGCGUUGUCCCAGGUGACUAAAGGGGCGAGGCAGAUUGGCGAAGUAAUAGAGAUCGAUUCUGAUGCGAGUGAAUUGAAAUACAAGGCUUCUCACGCCAGAAUAUGGGCAAAGGAAAGGCGUGAGCAGGCUGCGAGGUUGGAGUCGAAGGAUAUCGAGGAAACAGUCAAUCAAGGUAACUCAUCAUCGACGACAGCGCACGAUCGGAUCGCAGCUACGAGUCAGAGUGCGACGAACACAUCUACGACCACUGAGCAAUCCACCGCGAACUGGUCCCGUGUGAUCGAGUUCGGGAAAGAGAUGAAACGCGCGAGAAAGAGGAAGGUGAAGAAACUGAACGUGAGCACCGAGAAAAAUAAAAACGUACCUCGGAUAGUCGAAAACAUUAAGCUCUCGCCAGGUAGCAAAUACGAUUCGUCUAGAAUUGUGACGACUUUAAAUAAAAGCGAAAAAGAGGCCGAUCAAAAAGGUCAGAUGGAAUUACAUGAAAAAAAUAUGACCGACAGUUCGAAAUCAUCUUAUCCUUCGAUGAGCACAUCGUAUAUUACGCUGGAGGAAGGUAGGAAGAUACACAUAAUGAACCUGAACAAUGAUCAAAUGAGCAAAAUUAUCGGCAUUGAAAAGGCCGCGGAAGAAUCUCAAGAUCCCGCUCAAGAUUUAUCGCUAACGCCGCAAAAAAGAUUAACCGUAUUAACGCCGGAGAAACUCAACGAAUCUAUACACGAAACAGCCAGUGACGUAUCGCAAACUGCCGGCAGCUUUAGAAAUUCGUCCUGCUUGCCGGCCGAAAAACAGACUCCCGGACCUCGAGAGACCAGUAAGGGGACAUCGAGUGACGCUGUUUCUCCUCAAUCUUCGACGCCGAACAAGUCUCGAUUAUCCUUGAGAAGAAAGCUGAUGACUAGCGAUAACAAGAGUCAUGAUUCACCGCCAUUAAGCCAACUUCCGCUGUCGUACAGAAUAUCGGUUGACAAACACGGAGAAGACAUCGGCAAUCGCAAGAGCGUCAGUUCGCCCGUAUCCAUGGACGGUAAACUAUUUGAUCGAUUGAAAGUUGUGAGACGUGACUUGAACCGUGACUUCCCGUAUCCCGUGAAAUUUAUGCAAUUGGGUACGUUAAUUAGGCGGCGUAAUGUUCAAUAUUUGUUCCUAGGCGGGACUAAACACGAACGGUUGAUACCAGCGGAAGUUGGAGUUACCCCCGUGUACAAUAUGCAGCAAUCGGCCAGUAGAUCCGAGGCACAUGUAGAUAUAUCUUUUAAUCCGUGGAAUAAUUCGCAAAACUCGAGUAACAAUUCCGUGGUGAAGAAUAUUUAUUUGGAAAAUAACGCGAAUUCGAAUCAAGCGGUUUUGAAAGAAUUUCCGGCGGCAUCGUCGAUUUGUCAAGCUUCAGCAACUUCGACGCCAAAAAAAGAUGCGGAUUCUCAUUUAAAUCGAGAAGAGAGCGGGACAGUCGUACGUUCUUCAAGCGCAAAUCAACAAUUGGAUAAGUCGAUCGAGGAAGUCGCUGAGGAAAGCGCGCGAUCUCUUCAUAAAGUAUCUCGUGCGGACAAGAGCGCGAUUCACAGGACGAUCUCGCAUACUUAUCCAGGAACGUCAAAAUCUAUUAAACUGCUGUCACCGGAUAAAGAUUCGCAGCUGAAGUUUCUGGAAAUAGACUCCCCAAUGAGCGAGCACGAGAAGUUGAGACGCGCGCUCUGCCCGAGUAAGUCCGCUAUCAAAGGAAACAACUUUUCUGAGAUGAAAAGUUCACACCUCGCAGCGUCUACGCUAGAUAAGGCACAGGAACCUUUCAUCGAAAGCCUCUGUAAAAAGAAGAAAAGAAUGAGAUGCGCCAGUGACAGGGAGAUGUUUGUGGACGGAUCCAGUGAUGGAAACGACGAUUCCAACGACUCGGUCAGUAGUCGAAUUACGAUAAAACUUGACAGAGGCAGCAAAUUAUCUAAGAAAACGAGAUCGAGUCGUUUGGAUGCGAAUAAAAAACGUCGUUUGAGUUCCCCGGACGAUCAAGAUGUCGAAGUAAUCUCGUCGACUUUUGAAGAACAGGAUGUGCCCGAGAAAAAAUUGAAGACGUCUAACUCGGACACGGAAUCGACGACCCAUGUUACAAAAAAUUUAAAGAGACACAGCGACGAUCAAUGUAUCCAACGGAACGCAUCGAUUACGGACACAACUACGAAAAAAUGUUCGGCGAGGCAGGAUUCUAACGAAGAUCACCGUACUCAGGAUAUAACCGAUAAAUGGAGCAAUGAACAUGACGCGACGCGAAAAAGGUUGAAAGAAAGCAAAACUAGCCAGAAUAGCGUCAAAUCAAUGAGAACCCCGCCCGAAGAAAACUCAGCGGAUCAUCAAUCGUCUCGCUCAAGUAACGCGCCCAAGAUAGAGAAGCCCAAGAACACAAAGUCAAGCCAGAAAAGUUCCGCGAAAGAAUCGGAUAUGUUUGAGAGCAGUAGCUUGUUCAAUUCGGAAAAUCUUGAUUAUAUACUACAGCUACAACCAAAGUUGAACACAGACGAUAAUACAUCGAAGAAGAUUGCGGACUCUUCUAACGACGACAUCAUAAACAGAGUGCUACAGAUCGAUCGAUCGCGAAGUAAUCCCGACGCAUGUCGACCGCCAGGUUCUACCCCGCGGAAUGAUAUUACAAGGCAAAAGGACAGCAGGGAAUACUUGUUACAGGACACUUUUGACGAGAUCAUCGCCAACGUUGAGCAGCCACAAAGCGAGGAUUUUAUACCUUGUACCGAACGGUCAGAUCGCAAUCCCAAUCGCCCGUCGGCGAAACAGAAAACGUCGAAUUGUCUCGCGAUGACAGAUGAGUCGUGUGGCGGCGCCAUGCAGGAAACUCCGAUCGUACCUCCGUCAUCGACGAACGACAUGUUUGAGUACCAUUCUCCUAGAAACGCUAGGAAAUCACUUGCAACGAAUACCAGCUCAAGAAAUUCUGACAAGGAGAACGUAGCCUGCAGUCAAAAAAUACACGGUUACGGGAGUGACCAAAGAGGUAGAAAAGAUGCAACGGUAAACGCCGAUGUGAUUGACACAGACUCUCAUAAGAAAAUCGUAUCGAAGCAUAAUGUAUCGCGAGAGAAGGCAAAGUUCCUUGAAGAGCGUAAUACUUGGAUACAAUCGGCGGAUCGGCUUCACGUUGAUGACAGCGAAAAGCAAAGAGCCACAAUUUCUGGCAACAGAUCAAAUUCAAAGGAUGAUACUUUCGAACAUGAUACGCUCAUGAAUAUUACGCAGCAACAAGCUCAACUGCAAAUGUUAGAAGAGGAUCUAUUCGGCACCGCGGCCCGAAAUCAAGCAAGAGCGACAAAAGUGAUUUCGCAGAAUGAUCCAUCCCUAAAGGAGCAACGUACUCCGAGGAAAAGAAAGCAGAAUAUUCAAGAUAAAAAUAUGGAGCCAGAGGAACGUUCCGCCGACGAAGACGACGUGGUGGAGAACACUCCUGAGAAAAAGAUGAAGAACGGGAACAAAACGAUCGAGUCAAGAGAAAGUAUAAAGAUAAGGUUUUUAUCGCCGAUCUCGAGGACCUCCGAAUGGACACCAAAUACGGGACCGAAUCAGAGAGCUCGUUCUCUCCUGGCUGGCGCGAACACACCUACGAAACCAUUCGAAAUGUGUCCAUCUUCGCCAUCUUCAUCCAUCUUCCACAGUACGCCAAUGGUAGCGCACAACUCCAUCAAUCGUUCUGACGCAUUCGCGGGGAGCAAGAGGCCCGAGCGUAUAGAAAGCGGGAAUAUCUUAUUGGCGAAACAGGUGGACACGAAGACGCUGGAGAAUGUCCGUCGGCAGUCUGAAAAGCGAGACCUGUGCUUCGUAUGCAGCAGCUUGUCUCCGGUCCAGAUCACUACCGUGAAGGAAUUCGCGGCGAAGUACAACGCGAAUUACGUAAACCAGUUCGACCGUGACGUGACGCACGUUAUCGUGAAUACUACCGGUGAACAGAACGCGGCGAAGAGCACGUUGAAGUAUCUACAGGGUAUCGCUCACCGAAAAUGGAUAGUCAGCUAUAGAUGGAUCGAGGACUGUAUCAGGCAGCAGAAACUGCUGGACGAGAUUCCUUACGAGGCUACCACGCAGAAUAACGUUGGCAUUAAUGGCGCUGGACCUCGUAACUCGAGACUACGCGAGAAGGGUCUCUUUGAGGACUUCACGUUUCUGUGCGUCGGACCGUAUGACAACGUGUCACUAAGGCAAUAUCAGGACUUGUUACUCGCUACCGGAGCCACAGUGGUCGAUUCCCUCGAUGCUUUGGCUAAGAUAAGGGGGAUGAAGGGCGUUGUGAUCCAAGACAAUAUUCACGACGAGAAGACAAUCGAACAUUGGUAUCGAACUGCCAAGGCAGCGGCCAUUCUUGUGGAUUGGAUAGUAGAAUGUAUCGGCCAUUACACAUUAUUUAACCCCACGCAUUAUACGGUUCUGUCACCACAGGAAUUUUGUGCCAUCGGCUAUCCACGAGAACUCGUAGAAGAUGAUGAGGAGUCCGAUGAUAAUGACCCGAUGUAGACAGAGAAAAAAAUAUAUAUAUUUGUUAUUUGUUAAUAAUCCGUGCCAUCAUUUAGUAUUUUUGGCAGAAUAGCGAAACAUUUACGAUAGUAUUUUCAUAUUAACUGUACUUCAUGUACACAUAUAAAUUUAAUUCUCGUUACAUCCGAUAUCUAUCGAUAUGAUAUUAACUGUUAUAUAUGAUUUCAUUGUUUCUACUUUUGUACACAGUAUAUAUGGCCAACUGUUACUAAAUAUAUUGUAAUUUAUUUAUGCUUUUCUAU